AUGCAUAUCCGCCAGCGUUUUCUGUUCAUUCUUUUGCUAGUCCUGUUACUCGUUUUGCUUGGGUUUUCACUCAAAAAUAAUCUACGCGUGCGGAAUUUCCUCUCAUACUCGACACGGCCGCUAUGGGACACACCCAUCGGCCCUCGUGAGAUACUUCCACACUACUACGCCGAAGGCAUAGCGUUUGACGAGCACCUCUGCGCGCUGCAUGGAUGGCAGACCCGCGCACGACCAGCGGAGGUGUGGGACGCGAUCCUCGUGAGCACCGAGCUCGACCUGCUCGAGGUGCGCAUGCACGAACUCGACCCCGUCGUAUCCAAGUUUUUCGUCGUCGAGAGCGACCUGACGUUCACGGGUCUGCCGAAGCGCCUCGCGUUCCAGGAGGACCGUGAGAGGUUCGCGCAGUUCGAGGGGAAGAUCGUGUACUCGACGUUCCAUGGGCGGCAGCUCGACCCGUUUGAGAGCCCAUUUGUGAACGAGAUCGAGCAGAGGAGGCAUAUGGACGCGUUGUUGCGGGAGCAGGCGAAGCCUGAUGGUCCGCUGCUGGUGAUAUACUCCGAUGUGGACGAGAUACCAUCGGCCCAUACCAUCAAGCUGCUGCAGCACUGCUCUGCGCCGUCUCCGCUGCAUCUCCAGAUGUCGGAGUACUUGUAUUCGUUCGAGUGGCCGGCGGGUAAGGUAAGCUGGAGGGCGCAGGUCCACCUGUGGAACAAAGAAGGAGGCUUUGGCUACGGGCACUCCCAGGUUGCGGACCACAUGCUGGCGGACUCGGGGUGGCAUUGCACGUUCUGCUUCCGGUAUAUUGAUGAGUUCGUUACGAAGAUGAAAGGAUACUCGCAUGCGGACCGGGUGACAGACAAAUCCCUACUGGAGCCGGAUCGGAUUCAAGAGGUCGUGUGCUCGGGAGACGAUAUAUUCGGGAUGUUGCCAGAAGCCUAUCGAUACAAAGACCUCUUUGACUUGCUCAACAAAGACCCGUCACCCUCGGCCCUACACGUCCCCUUACAUAUCCUGCAGAACAGCGAUAAAUUCCGAUUCCUCCUCCCCGGAGGGUGCGUCCGCGAGAAGUAGGAGAUGGGCAAGCCUUGUACAUGUAUUUAUUAACUUGGGACUUGACGGAAUGCAGAAACU